CCUCUAUAGAAAACCACAUCUUCCUUAGAGACAGAGAUCACAUCAUCAUGAACCUCCCUCGUUUCAUAUCUUGCUACAUUACUGCAUUUCACGUCACUAGACUGUGGAUACAGAGGAGAAAACAGCCGACUCUGGUGAAAGAAGCACAUCCAGAUUGUGGUCCACCAGCUUUCAAAGGUUUCACAGUGAAGAAUGGAAGAUUCCUUCAUUAACAUCACCUCACAGAACAGAAGCUACGAUGACAGUGACUAUGUGUACGACUAUGAGUAUGAUUAUUACGAUAAAGAACAAAAAAUCAUGGAUGUGGUGAAACGCAUUAUCAUUUGUAUCGGCCUUCCUUUGAUCCUAGUGGCCAUCUAUGGAGUCUGUUCUCAUGUCAGAAACGAUCACAUGGCUCCAAUCUUCAUCAUCAACCUUCUGAUUUCUGACCUCAUUCAACUCUGCUGCAUGAUCGUUGAAGUGGUACUACCUGAGGAUUCAAUCAUCACAACAUUCUUCAAUGUUAUUUACUUCUGGGGUCUGAUGGCGAGUGUUGGCUUCAUGAUGUGUGUCGCCCUGGAAAGGUAUCUGGUCAUCACCUUGCCGCUGUGGUACCGCUUCAGACGAACCAUCAAGACCUCUGUAGUGGUCUGUGUCAUGGUCUGGACCCUUUCUCUUUUCUUUGUUGUAUUUGUCUAUUUCUUGCCAUAUUCUCAGGUGACACAAACCAUCUUUGGCGUCUUCCUCCUCUUUCCCUUCCCUCUGUACAUAUUCUUCCUGGGUGGGACCGUUAAAGCCCUGUCUGCAGCCAUUAGUGUCCCUGCUGAUGAAAAACGACGAAUUGUUGCAAUUCUGGUUUUGGUUCUACUUAUUUACACAGUGUUGUUCCUGCCCCCCAUCAUUUGGUUCCUUGUAAAAAAAGCCAAAUAUAAUGAUGCCCUCAGACAUGUGUCUUUCAUGUUUGUAAAGUUCAGUCCUCUUGCAGACGUGUUCCUGUAUGUUUUCAGUAGGAAAGGAGCUGUAGACAAGCUGUUGGCCUCUCUGUGUCGUUGCAGGAUGGACAGCGAUGAUAGCAACAGACCAACAGCAUGAAUGAUGACAACUUAUACACAGUCGCUCCAUGUAGUCAGAGAAAGAGAGAAAAACAGAAGAAGGAAUGUAGGAAAUAGACACAAGACAGAUACUGUCGUCUUCUCACAUGAUUUCCUACAACACAUCUAACUAUAGGUUCACUUGCUGCUGUGCACUGUGAAAGCUUCAAGACCUGUACAUAAAAUAAUAUAAGGUUUGCUUUUGUGAUUAAAGUGUAAUAAUGAUAUACAUGAACUUUUUAUAGAACAUUUUAAGAUAUUCAGCAGCAUGAUCACUCUGCCAAUAUAACCACAUCUCUCUCAUUCUUAGAUCUUUAUUUCAUCUGUUUUCUGCAAGUUUUACUUUUUCCUG